UGAAGGGCAGUGUGGGCCUCUUUUUUAGCAACGGGGACAAGACGAGUGUAGUGGAGUGAUUCCAGGACUUCCAAGAGAAAGAUCACGCAAGGUCAGGGUUCGUUGCCACGGAGGAGGUGGUGUGUCAACAAGGACCACUCAGCCAGUUCACUCACACCAUGGAGCCACAGCUGAGGAAGCUAGGACUGCCCACUGCACUCACGAAAGUUGUUGUCUGUGUGGCCGUGGGUACUACCUAAUCCCAGAAGAAAAACUUAACAGAAUGGCUGCUGUGUUUGAGACGUAUGAGAAACAGUUUGCCACUAUCACUGCUGACAUCACAGCAAGGAUUGGAAGGAUACCUAACUUAGUUGGAACUGAAAAAAAGACGGCGGUGGGUGUGGUCCAAGGAAACAUUGAUGAGGCCAGAGAGCUGCUUGAGCAGAUGGACUUGGAAUUAUAUGAUGCUGCACCCGAUGUUCGCCCUGCACUUAUACGCAGAGUAGAAAACUUCAAAAGGGAACUGUCUCGUCUCAGAAAAGAAUUUCGUACAUCUCAAGUAGCAGUGGGAGGAGCUUCAAUGAGAAAGGAACUGUUUGGCAAUGAGCCGGUAACUUCCGAAGAUCAUAGAGAGCGUCUACUGGACAGCACAUCUCGUCUAGACAAGACUUCCAAUCGAUUGGAGGAGGGUCAUCGCAUCGUCAUGGAGACAGAGCAAAUUGGUAUGGACAUCAUGAACAAUCUCCAGAGAGACAGGGGAACCAUUCAGAGGGCUAGAUCAAGGCUACGAGAGACUGAUGCAGAUAUCACGCAAGGUGGCAGAAUUGUUAGUAGAAUACGGAAAAGGAUCAUCCAGCACAAGGUGUUCUUCAUAGUAGGGAUCAUUGUGAUGCUGCUCAUCAUAGCACUGCUUAUAUUUGCUAUCGUAAUGAUAAAAAAAAGUCAAAACUGACAUUAUCUAUAAUUAUAGUGUUCCUGUUUGUGUUUGUAGCUGUCAGUUCUAUGUGUUGUGUUACCUA